AUGCCGCCUGCGACUGAGGCUCAGAAUCGUGCAAAACGUCGCGCCGACUGCGACCCGGAGGGCGAACCGCCUGUGAAGAAGUUCGGGCUCUUGCAACUAGAGUCGCUGGCAAAAAAAAAAGAUCCGGCAAUCUCUCCAGACAGCGCGAACGCAGCGCGCAGCGACGGCCCCGUCGACGAGAGCCCCAUGCUCCUCGACGACACCAAGCACACAACCUACAUCUACGACAUCGACCGGGAGCUGGCCGGCAUCGAGGAGGAAGAAAAACACAUUUUAUUCAUACCCGAAAUAGAAAAGGCCUUGAACGCAAUCCCCAGGGCAGUCCUGCACGACGACCCUAAGCCGGAAAACGAGCUUGUGCUCUAUGGGAUUCCACGCUCGCUGACCGUGGCCGAAGAAGACAAGGAUGCAGUCCGCAAAGCCAUCAUCGAGUCCAGGGCCAGGGCCAAAACGCAUAGUACUACACUGAAUGAAGACUGCGCAGACGCUCCGACAGCGAGACAAGCCGGGGUCGUGGAUUCAGCGCAUAUAUUAACGGCGGACCAGAUGGAUUCUCUCGGACUUAUCCAAAACCAAGCAGAACUAUCACCAAUUCGAUUAACCCUCUUGUCUUACCAUUAUCGCCGACUCCCGCGGUGUCCCUGUCUGUGUUCCUGCGUUCCUCCUGUCCUGGAUUUUCCCUGGGUUUCCCCAGACGUUAAUCAUCAAGGAUCAGACAGCAUGACGGACAACUUUGACAACUUCUUCUUCGCCUCGAAUCUGAGCAAAUACGUAUGCCCGGACUUCCAGGGCUUUCAGUGCCCCCCGCCCAACGCAUGCGCUCGCGAUUCGCAUACAGGCAAGGAGUACUGCUGCGACUACGGUGAUGUGUGCUGGGGGCUCCAAACAGAUUGUGCCACCGAUGGCACCACUCUUCCAUGCGGCGAUGGAGACUAUACCUGGUGUUGUCUCUACGGCUCGGAAGUCUGCACUAGCACUUCGGGGCAGAUUAAUAUCUGCUGGAAUUCUGCCCAUGACAUACUCGCAAAUAUCAGCAGCGACACGCUGAACGAGACAUACUCGUCGCUAAGCUCUGCGUCGCCGUCAGCCAGUUCCUGGUCGUUUAGCCCCGAGACGUUGAUUGCUGCGACGCAGACGACUUCUACUACUACCACUACUACUUCUACUACGGCCUCGAGGCUUUCCACCACUGCAACAUCAACAGGCACCCAAACAUCCACCCCAUCGUCUACCGGAUCCUCUUCGUCUUCAUCAUCUCUCUCCGGUGGGGCGAUUGCCGGCAUUGUGAUCGGCGCCCUUGCCGGCGUAGCGAUUAUCCUGGCCCUCGCAUUCUUCCUCUUCAGACGCCGCCGCAACAGCGGCCGCGAUCCCAAUUAUACAAACCCCAAUGUUCGAUAUGAGCCGGUGGUAUACGGGUCGGUUCCAAAAAAGGAGCCCGUACCUGAUCAAUCUCAAGUUCUAAGCGAGUUACCGACCAGUGCGCUACGCUUAGAACUGCCGGGGAGUACUGCACAGGGAAAUACGGCACAUGAAAUGCCUGCAAGCUGA